AUGGGGCUCCGGCUCCCGCUGCGCCGCAGCACCAGCUUCACCCCCGACCACCCUGCCCUCAUGGAGGUGCCUGGCCCCACUGCCCUGAAGAUGGAAGCGAACGUCCUUGUCAUGGGAGCAGACAACGUCGGGAAAUCAGCUCUGACUGUGCGUUUCCUGACCCGGCGCUUUAUUGGAGAGUAUGGAGACAUGGAAUUCAUCUACAGCCACAACCUGACUGUGGAUGGCCGAGAGAUUCUCUUACACAUCUGGGACGUCCCCAAUUCCCAGGAGCAGGCAGAGGAUGUCUCCUCAGAGGAGAAGAGAAUCCAGUGGGCAGACAGCUUUGUCCUGGUCUACAGCAUCUGUGACCGUGCCAGCUUCAACAUCCUGCCCCUCAAAAUCCAGUUCAUCAAGGCAGCCAAGGAGGGGCAGAGCCAAGAGAAGGUGCCCAUUGUCAUUGUGGGCAACAAACGGGACCUGCACCACCAGCGGGUGGUGUCCAGCGAGGAGGGGCGGCUCCUGGCCCUCUCUUUAGACUGCGGUUUCUAUGAGGUCUCUGCAGCUGAGGCUUAUCACGGGGCCCUCAUGGUCUUCCAUGGACUGGCCAAGCUCAUCCCAGACACCAAGCUGGCCCUGAAGAAGGGUACAGGGAUCCGUGGCAUCGUCAAGACCAUGUCGGCCGUGUUUGCCCGUAAGCGAACAGACUCCCUCUGAGCUCCUGCACGGAUGUUGUUGCUCUCUGUGCUGCCCAGCUGGGCCAAGCCUCCUCACUGGGUGCCCAUGGAUAUGGUGUGUGUCUUUCCAUAAGUAUGAAGGGUUCCUUGCUGUCCUUCUAGUCAGGGUCUGGGUGUCCUGCCAUGCACAACCAGUGCAGCUGAGGACUGUAGUGUGUUACUCUGCUGUGGGACAGUCUCAUCUCUUUGCUGUACCAGCUCUUUAGGUGCCUCCUGCUUUCUCCUUUUAUCCUCCAAAACUGGAAACCAUGGAG